AUGUGGCUUAUUGCGCUGGUUGCGUGUUUCCUACUGUUCUCUACGCGCUCAUUUUUGUCGGCUGCGGAACGGGCGAUCUACGACGCCUGGGAUGCUCGAUCCACCCGGGAGAUUUUCCUGAAUUUCGCCACAUCUCCAGCCUCUGAUGCUGGCUUGGCUAGCACAGCCGCAGCCAGGGCAGCUGAGGCAGCGAUCCUGGAUGCGGUGGAUGUGUCGGACACGGACAUUGCGCAGCUUCGGAGGCUCGAGCAGCGCCUCACUGAUGGCACUUACAACCCCGCGUGGUUGGCUGCCCGGCGUUGGAGGCUCACGGCUGGCCGCUUCGUUGACGUUCGUAGAGUCGGGAGGCACAAAGAGUUGGCCAAGGGGUGGCUGGAUCAGUGGUGGUACCGAGGUCAGGAGCGCUUGAAUCACAAGAUCAAUCGAUCAAUCGCUUUUGAGGACCGUAUGCUGGAGAGAUACAGGCAGACACAUGCGGGAGUUCAGAGUGUUGGCUUGCUGGUCUCCAAACAGUUUCCGUGGUUGGGAGCGUCGCCGGAUGGAUUGGUCAUGUCAGGUGAUCAGCCACAGUACCUCAUCGAGAUCAAAAGUAUGAGAGCAUCCUUGGGCAAGAAGUCCCCUGCAUGGCAUCAGAUGCAAGGGGCCAUGGCCAUCGCUUCUGAUGCCUUUGGAGUUCCUGUCGAGUCAUGCAAACUCAUCGACCCCGUGGAAAUUUACAACAUCCGGUUCGACAAACCCUGGUGGGACAGGUACCUGGUACGGCUACGACACUUCUACUUUGGAACCUACCUGCCGAUGGCUGCGAAGCGCAUUCUUCGAAGACUCAGCCAAUGA